AUGCAAUGUGGGACAUGGCACAAGAAUAUUCAAGCUACAUGUAUCAUCCACAUUUUCAUCCACUAUUCAUUCACUAGGGUACUCUUCGGUAGCAAGCAAAUAGAGCUUGAUAAGCCACUUACACGUUAUUGUAGUAUUGAGGGUGCAACGUUAUUUGCUGUAGAUAGUGUAUAUGGUGGAGGGUGUUCAUUUCUCUUUAGAAAUGAUGAAUUAUUAGAGCCAGCAUUUGAUGAUGACUUCACUCACGUCACUGAUGAUGGGAGGGUAUUCAAAAGAGGAGGGUAUCCUUACAGGCGACCGUACGGUUGGAACAGGGUGGUAGCGUUAAAAGUAAAGGGACAGUAUGAGAAUGAUGUCUGGUUGGGAGCUCCUCAUCAUCGGACUGAAAGCUCACCAGGAGAAUGGCCAGUCUCUUAUCAUGGAACAAAAGAGAUAGCUUCAAUAAAGAUAGCAGAAGGAGGAUAUGAUGGAGACAAGUGUAGUGCUGAUGCUAAAUCUGGCCAAGGCCGUUACUCUCAUUAA